AUGGAGGUUCCCGGUUCAUCGAAGAAGAUGAUAGCAACACAAGCAGAAAUGGUGGAAAACAAAGUUCCAUUAGCAUAUAGAGAUCAGUGCGCACACCUUUUGAUUCCUUUGAACAAGUGUCGGCAAUCGGAAUUUUAUCUUCCAUGGAAGUGUGAGGAUGAGCGCCAUUCAUAUGAAAAGUGUGCGUAUGAGCUUGUUAUGGAGCGCAUGCUUCAGAUGCAGAAGAUCCGUGAAGAGGAAGCACCAAUGAAGCAAAAGGGACAUCAAUCUUUUCCUCCUCUCAUUCCUAAGACUGCUAAUGCCUAG